UACAUGCACAUCCAUCAGGACAAAAAAACAUUAAAGAUACAGAAAAUAAAAUAUUUAGAUGAUAUAGAUGUACAGAAAAUAAAACAUUUAGACGAUACAGAUCGUAGAAAAUAAAACAUUCAGAUGAUUAAACUUAAUGCACAGGAAUAUAAAAGUCAAUGGAAUGGUUAUGGCUUUACUGAUUAAGUUAUUUGAAGGAAAAUAAGCAAACUAAAUUAAAAUAUUAAAGAGGCUAAUAAAAUCAUGAAAGAAUAAAAGCGAGGAACUUGAUAUGUUGUUUACAUUACCAAUAUCAAACCUUUAUACAUCCUUACAAAGUGAUUGUGAAGAUUUUUCUGUGUAGAUUGUAUAUACAUGAAAUAAUUGCGAUUUAUUCGAGGAGAAGUUUUUACGAAAUCAGGAUAAAUGAAGCAGAGAAACUUCAUGUAACUAAACUAAAUAAUCGAUGGUGGUCCUAGUCUAGUUCAAAGAUACAAAAAGAUCCAAGGUCACUCGAAAGGAAAGGUGUAUUGUGCCGAAAGUUAUUGAAAAACAACUAUGAGUGAUAAAAGUCUGAAAAAGGCUCUGUUGAAAAAAUCAUCGUCGCCUUAUCCGGAAAGAAAGAAACGACCUCGAUUGAAAUUUGCAUGGAAUAGAGAACAAGCGGUAGAUUACGAAAAUUGUAAACAAAUUGAUGUAUUUAUACAAGACGUGAUUGAGAAGGCUAAAGAGGAUUACUUAAACACUUAUUUACAACAAAAUGGGCAAUGUAUGGAUGAAGAUACACCAGAAGACGAAGAAUGCAGCAAGUCCAUCCGUUUUCAAGUAGACCAAAGAUUCACAAAUUCAGACCACUGUUGCGGUCAGGAUGAUGUUAGUUCAAAUGAAAAUAUUUCCAAAAAGAAAACUACGGGAAAUAAUAAAGGUUCUUCAGCGCAGGACACUGUGGAAAUGAAAGAAUUAGGUAAAACGUCAUACAAAGGAGAACGUAAACCUCUAAUCGAUAAAAACAGUGAACAUAAAUGUUGUUCAAACAGAAACAUAUGCUCACGGCUGUUAAUAUUAUUAACUUGUUACCAAUGCCGUUGUUUGCAAGAGUUUUUCAGUGAUAGUUGACAAAAGUAUAUGUUGCAUCUCUUAACGUA